CAAAUGUCUGAGCUUCAGUCAGUCACCUUGUUGACAUGCUGCUAAGAGGAUGGAAGACAGCUCCUGUGUGGACUCAGAAGACACAAGUGGUGGGACUCUUUGGAAAGAGUUUGGACUGCGGGACCACCAGGAGACCACCAGCGGGACUUCUCUGCUGCAGGCAAGGACCAUGCUGACCGUGCACAACGUCCUGCUUCUGCUCGUCUUCUUGGUCAGCCCCGCCUGCUCCCUCGACCCCCGAGACCCCAAUGUGUGCAGCCUGUGGGAAAGCUUCACCACCUCAGUCAAGGAGUCGUACUCGCAUCCUUACGACCAUGUGACCGAGGAGCCCUGUUCGGACCCCAGGACCAAGUACAGAUGCCCGCGUCACAGGAUCACCUACAAGAGCGCAUACCGGCAGGCGGUGAAGACCGACUACCGCAAGCGCUACCAGUGCUGCCCGGGCUACUACGAGAGCGCCAACACCUGUGUUGCUCGCUGCACCACGGAGUGCGUCCACGGCCGCUGCGUGGCUCCAGACCGAUGUCAGUGCGAGGGAGGCUGGCGAGGCCACGACUGUUCAAGCGCCUGUGGCGACAAGCAGUGGGGUCCACGCUGCGGUCAGCAGUGCAAGUGCAAGAACGGCGCCCUCUGCGACCCGGGCAAGGGGACGUGUGAGUGCCCGCCGGGCUACAUGGGACGCUACUGCGAGGAAGCCUGUCCCGCCGGCACCUUCGGCAAGAACUGUGCACAGAAGUGCAAGUGUGGGGCGGGCGGCUGGUGCGACAAAGCCAGCGGGGAGUGCUCCUGCCGCGACACUUUCACCGGCACCUUUUGUGAGAAGGCGUGCUCUAGGAAAUGCCCGGCGCGAUGUCCCUGUCAGAAUGGAGGCAUCUGCAGGGGCAAAGGGGUGUGUGAGUGUCCUCCUGGAUGGACGGGUUCUGUCUGCACGGAGCCAUGUCCUGAGGGGCGCUACGGACCCAACUGUGCCCAGGAAUGUGUCUGCCACAAUGGAGGCACAUGUCACCCUGAGACUGGACACUGCAAAUGUGCCAAAGGUUUUACUGGGAACAGGUGUAGUGAGGAGUGUGCGGUGGGCUCGUACGGCCAGGACUGCCAGGGCGUGUGCGACUGCGCUAACGGCGCCCGCUGCUACAACAUCGACGGAGGAUGCCUGUGCGAGCCCGGCUUCAGCGGCCCCAACUGCCAGAACAGGAUGUGUCCUCACGGCAAAUACGGCAUGCACUGCGAGCGCACCUGUCUCUGCCAGGACCAGCACACGCUCAGCUGCCACCCGAUGAAAGGCGAGUGCACGUGCCAAGCAGGCUGGGCCGGGCUGUACUGCAACGAAACCUGCGCCCAGGGUUUCUAUGGCAACGGCUGCCAAGAGCCUUGUCUGUGUGUCAAUGGCGGCGUGUGCGAUGGCGCCAGCGGCCAAUGCCAGUGCACACCUGGAUAUACGGAUGUCCACUGCCAGAGUCCUUGUAAAAGCGGCACCUUUGGCAAGAAGUGCUCGCUGGAAUGUUCCUGUCAGAACUUUGUGGACUGCUCGCCCAUUGAUGGGAGGUGUUUCUGCAAAGAAGGCUGGCGAGGACCAGACUGCUCGCUCCCCUGCUCGGAGGGAACAUGGGGCCCCGGCUGCAACGCCACCUGUCAGUGCGCCAACGGGGCCAAAUGCAGGCCGACGGAUGGAUGGUGCACCUGCACGGCGGGCUGGCAGGGGGCGCACUGCGAGCAGUCAUGCCCGGUGGGUUGGUUUGGGCCCGGCUGCCAGAAGAGGUGCGACUGUGUCCACGCCGACGCUUGCCAAGCGACUACGGGGAAGUGCCAGUGCCUGCCAGGCUGGUGGGGCCCGCGCUGCAGCCAACCAUGCUCAGAGGGCCUGUGGGGGCGCCACUGCAACCACACCUGUGCCGAGCACUGUCCCAACAGCGACAGGUGUGUGCGGGAGACAGGAGCGUGCGUGUGCGGUCCAGGCUACUGGGGGGUCAGCUGUCAGAACAAGUGCAGAGCCGGCACGUACGGCCAGCAGUGCAGCUCGUCCUGCCCGUCCUGCGCUGGGUCCUACCGCUGCCACCAUGUGAGCGGAGAGUGCGACUGCCUUGCCGGGUACACGGGCCACGACUGCCAUCAAGUUUGUCCACCUGGCUACUACGGCAAGCAGUGUUCCCAGGUGUGCCCGCCCUGCGCCAACAACGCCACGUGCCACCACACAGACGGGCAGUGCCAGUGUCUGCCUGGCUGGACAACCCCCGACUGCUCCAUACCCUGCAGUCCAGGGCGCUUUGGCACUUCCUGUUCUCAGACCUGCUCCUGUGCCGCCAACUUCCUGUGCCACCCAGUCACGGGGGACUGUCAACAAGGUAAACGUGCACACACACACACACACACACACACACACACACACACUCUCAUUCUUUCAAACACUUGCACAGACCCUCCAGAGCCAGGCAGCGUUAUGGUUCCUUUUCCUCCCGGCGAGAGGGAGUCGUGGGCGGCCAUCAGCGGCGUGGUGGCGCUGGUCAUCCUGGUGGUUCUGCUGCUGGUUCUGCUGCUGCUCUACCGGCGCCAACAGAAGGUCAAGCAGAACAACACACCUACCGUCUCCUUCUCUGCCAGCCGCACCGUCAACUCGGAAUACGCCGUUCCAGAUGUUCCACACAGCUACCAUCACUACUACUCCAACCCCAGCUACCACACGCUGAGGGACAACCGGCCGCCGCUGCCUCACCUGCCCAACAACCAUGAUCGCACCAUCAAGAACACCAACCAGCAGCUGAAGAAGAUGCAGCCAGACGGUCACGGCCUCUUCAACGCCACGCUGCCUGCAGACUGGAAACACCAGCAGGCUCGCCAAGAACCAGGAGCGUUUGGAAUGGAUCGGAGCUACAGCUACAGCGCCAGCCUUGGCAAAUAUUUCCACAAAGAACUGAAGGAUGCGGCGAUGGCGAGCAGCGGCUCUCUGAACAGCGAGAAUCCUUACGCCAGCAUCAAGGAGGUCCCGGAGAGCAGCUACAUGGAGAUGAAGGCGGCCGUGCCCAGAGAGCGAGCCUACACCGACAUCAGCCCGCCGCCUCUCUUCCACUCCGCCUCCUUACACAGAAUGCGGCAGAACUCUGUGGGCCACGCCCCCCUGGAGGACCCCCACAGUCACUACGACCUCCCUGUCAACAGCCACAUCCCUGGACACUACGACCUUCCUCCCCUUCGCCGACCCCCCUCCCCCAGGGGGACGCCACAGUGAUGUCACGGCAGGGCACCAUGCCGCCCCCGGGUGGGGGGACUCCAUGCCGCCCCCGGGUGGAGAGACUCCAUGCCGCCCCCGGGUGGAGAGACUCCAUGCCGCCCCCGGGUGGAGAGA